AUGGUCCACACCUACCCUAAGGUGGCUAGAUGGAAAUGGCCGCUCUUUGUCUCGACAAUGCAACUUUCCCCGCCAGCUCCGUUCGUCUCAGCAACCCUGGAACGUGCGUUGCUGGGUGCCUUGGCCCAUGCCUUCGACAGGCCCCUCAGCGCCUCCUUUGAUGCAACUCCCUUUGGUGAGCGCGGAUGGGCUAAACCCAAGGUGGUGCAUACGUCCGUUCUCUCCUCAUGCCAGAUAUACUUCUGCAAAUCUCAUUGGCAGAUCGCGUUCUGGAAAGAUGUCGCCUGCGCCGAGGUGACUGACAAUACGUACACACCUUGA